AUGGAAGAAGAAAUUCCCGGCCGAGCAAUGCAUCUGGACCCAUUGUGGGAAGACAAGCUGGAGAAACGGAGGGAGGAAGAGGACACAGACUCAACUCUGGGACAGGACCAACAGCACCGUCACACCUGCAUUGGGUGGAAAGACCAACGAGUACGUUCGAGCAGAAAUAAUGAGGAUAUGAGGAUAGUGAUGGUGGGGAAGACUGGAAUUGGGAAGAGUGCCGCUGGAAACACCAUUCUGGGACGACAGUGCUUUGAAUCAAAGUUCAGUGCAAAGUCUAUGACUGUAGACUGUUCCAAGGGCAAAGCUGAGGUGGAUGGGCAACAGGUGGCUGUUAUCGACACCCCAGGCCUGUUUGACACUAGGUUUGGCAUGGAUAGAACAACUAAAGAUAUAUGCCAGUGCAUCUCUUAUGCUGCUCCUGGACCCCAUGUGUUCCUGGUGGUCAUCCGGCUGGGCAGAUACACCGAAGAGGAAAUGCAGACAGUGCAAAGGAUUCAAGAAAUCUUUGGACAGGCUGCAGACAGAUACAGCAUGGUUCUCUUUACUCAUGGGGACCUUCUUGAAGACACAACUAUUGAAGACUUCUUGAUGGAAUCCUCAGACCUGCAAGAACUCGUGACCAGAUGUAAUGGCCAGUACCAUGUCUUCAAUAAUAAGCUGAAGGAUCGCUCUCAGGUCACUGAGCUGCUCCAGAAGAUCAGAAAUCUAAACCAGAAGAACGGAGGAAGCCACUACACAAACGAGAUGUUCCAAGAGGCCGAGAGGGCAGUCGAAGAGGAGAAACAACGCAUCCUGAAAGAGAAAGAAGAGCAAAUACGCAAAGAAAAAGAGGAAGUGGAGAGAAAACUUCAGGAAAAAUAUGAAAAACAGAUGAAGAAAAUGAAUGAACAACUUCAGGCUGAGAGAGAGAGGGAGAGGAAAGAGAGAGAGAAGGAGAGGGAGAGGGAGAGGCAGGAAAUGAAUGAGGAGAGAAAGAGGGAGAAGGAGGAGAGA